AUGGGGUUCCUGAAUGUUCUGGAGGACCGCCACCUCGGCCGGCUGGAGGUGCCGGGAACGGCGUUUCUCGACAACAGCGACGGCAAGGACUUCCCUUCGGAGAAGGACGAGGCUCUAAAGUACGGCACUGGCAAGCAUGCGGAUACCGUGCUCGUGCCGCAGCCGUCCGAUGAUCCGAACGACCCGCUCAACUUCUCGCCGGCGAAGAAGUUGGCCAUGACCACUAUCGUUGCCUCUGGAGUCAUCAUCUUCUCUGCCGUCAUCGCGCCGAUGCUUGCGCCUGGUCUUGUCGUGAUUGCCGGAGAGUUCAAGCGUCCGCUGAUGGACGUCUCUCUCGCCACUGGAUAUCAGUCCCUCGUUGUCGGGUGCUCGCUCCCCCUUGUGUCGGCUUGUUCGCGCAAAUGGGGCAAGCGCCCGGUGCUGCUGCUUUCCGCCUUUUUCGGAUUCGCCGGCUCCGUCAUGGGCGCCGCGUGGACCACCUUCGACGGCUUGAUCGCGAGCAGGAUCGUCCAGGGCGGAAGCGUCGCCGCCUUCGAGAGCGUUGCCAUUUCCAUGAUCGGCGACCUCUACUUCGUGCACGAGCGCGGCUUCUACAUGGCCCUCAUGCAGUUCCUCCUCGGCGCCACGUCCAACUUCACCGCCGUGGUUGCGGGCCCCAUCACGGCGAACCUGGGCUGGCAGUACCUGUUCUACAUGCUGAUUCCCUUCACCGCCAUCGAGACGCUGAUGCUGUUCUUCUUCGUUCCGGAGACGCAGUACGUCCGUAACAAGAGCAGCGGCGGCGACAACACCAUCACGAUCGGCAAGGACGGCAGCGUCUUCGAGACGGUCGAGAUCGGGUCGACGGUGAUUCCGCCCAAGAAGACGUUCAAGCAGCAACUGGCCAUCUUCACCGGCACCUAUUCGAACGACAACUUCUUCCAGCUGCUGCUGACGCCCUUUGCCAUCUGCACCAACCUGCCCGUGCUGUGGUCCGUCAUUGCCAGCGGCGGCGCCGUCGCGCUGGUCGUGGUGCAGUCGAUCAUCCUCCCCCAGGUCUUCUCCGAGGCGCCCUACGGCCUGAGCCCGACCGGCGUGGGCUUCCUUUCCAUGGGGCCGUUCGUCGGCGGGCUGCUGUCGGCCGUGCUCAUGGCGGCCAUUGGCGACCCGCUGGUGCGAUGGGCGUGCCGGAGGAACGGCGGCGUCUACGAGCCCGAGUACCGGCUCCUGAGCAUGAUCGGCGGCUUCCUGAUGCCGCUGGGCGCGCUGCUCUUCGGGUAUCUUGCGCAGAACGGCGUCAGCUUCUGGGCGACGGCCAGCGCGCACGGUAUCGAUGUCAUCGGCGUCAUCGUCGUGGCGACGUCGACGGCGGCGUACGGCGUCGACGCCUACAAGGACAUGGCCUCGGAGAUCUUUGUGCUGAGCGCGGCGUUCAAGGCCUUUGUCUUCUACAGCUUCAGCUACUUCGUCAACAACUGGACCGAGACGGCGGGUGUCGGCCAGGUCUUCUACACCCUGUCCAUCAUCACGACCGUCAUCAUCCUCACCACCCCGGCCGUCUUCGUCUGGGGCAAAAUCUACCGCAGCUACUGGCACCGCGCGGACAUCCUCGGAAAACUUCGUCUGCGUACGCAUGCCGAGGAGUAG